AGCGACCCUACGGCCUGUCUGUCACUCGACUCCACCACGACUGAAGCGUCACCUGAACCCAACACCAGCCUUGUCACCUCCUCAUUUGACAGUAUCUCCUCAGCCUCCACUGGCCUAGAUGUCUCUGUAGCACAAGCUCCUACCAUUCUAACGGCCCAUAAAUCUGCAUCUACUCGAAUAUCUGUCUCUUCUCGCCCAGCUUCAGUGGUAUGUCGCUCCUCGAGCCCAUUUGGUCCUGCUAGCAUAUGUGUCAACCAACCAUCAGUGCCAUCCUCUCUCUUUGAAUCGCCUGUACUCACUUUUGCAGAUAAAGAGGCCAUAUCCCACCCAACGAAGUCGGCUAAUGCCCAGCAAACCACUACUGAUCUCCUAACAUUGAAUUUGUUCAACGGCCUGCUGAAACCAAGUCUCAGUAAAGUCGAUGCGCAAAUCACCAAACUUCUGACUGUCCAAGCUGAUCUUAAACGUAAGAUCGACAAUCUCUCCGAAGAGCUAUGCAAGAUAUCUGAACUUGUGAGCCAACCAUUUGAGCUUCAAGUUCACUUAACUAAACUCAACGACAUUAGGGCCCGCACUUUCACCGUACUCAGCUCAUUACAAAAGUCUCAGGGCGCUGUGCAAUACCUAAGAGGGUUAGACAUAUCAGAGGUCCACUUUGGUCCAGGUACUUUAACUUCACAUACUCGUUCAACCUCGAUCGACCAUGGCAGCAAUAAUAAGUCCACAACUAUUGGCUCCGGCACUUCACCCCCUAUGCCUAACGGGCUGUGGCCUUCACCUGAUAUUUUGGGUAGUAUGUGCAGGCUUCAAUGGUUAAAACUUCGUUCUACCGGUCUGACUGGCGGUGACCUACCACAUCAGUUAGCUCAGCUCACUCGCCUAGAGAGCCUUACAUUGUCCAGAAACCAGCUGCAGAGUCUAUCUCUCUUUCAGAAGUGGUCGGAGCUGUUUCCAGCCUUACGUUGCCUGAACUGCCGCAAAAACUGUCUUUCUGAUGCAUCUUCUAUCCCAAUUGACUUGUUCAACUGCCCAAACCUUCAGUUGAUGUGA